CUGCAAAGAGCUCUGGGUGGCUGACUCGGCUCCAUGUGGCCAGGUGCCCGUGCAGAGAAAGAAGGGGAGGUAGCAGAGGGCUGACGGUGCUGGUGCAGAGGCCUCAUUCCCGCAUCCCGCCCCCCCCCCCCUCCUCGGGCGCCUGGGGGAACGGGCCUAGCCUGAGCCAAGCGGCGUCUCCCGCGCAAGGGCCGCUCCCCUUGUGCCAGCGGGGCUGGGCGGCGUCUAGCUGCGGGAGGUGGCGGAGGCUGGUCCGGGCGGGAAACUUCCGGCUGCGUCGCGGGGGAGGAAGGGGCAGUCCCGCGGCCCUCCCCGGCUUGUAGUGCCGCCGCGGCGCCUCUCGGCCGACUCUGGGCAGCGGCCUCCCACGCCGGCAGCGGCAUGUCUGGCGGCGGGCGGCUGGCGGGCCGCGUGUGCCUGGUGACCGGCGCCUCGCGGGGCAUAGGGAAGGGUAUCGCGCUGCAGCUGUCGGAGGCGGGCGGCACGGUGUACAUCACGGGCCGGCGGCGGGAGCCGCUGGUGCGGGCGGCGGAGGAGGCGUCGGCCCGGGGCGGGCGCUGCGUGCCGGUGGUGUGCGACUCGUCGCGGGAGGAGGAGGUGGCGGCGCUGUUCGAGCGGCUGCAGCAGGCGGAGGGCGGGCGGCUGGACGUGCUGGUGAGCAACGCCUUCUCCGGGGUGGGCGCCAUCGCUGCCCAGCAGGGGCUGCCCUUCUGGGAGAGCCCGGCCGCCCUCUGGGACCAGGUCAACGACACGGGCCUGCGGGGCCACUACCUCUGCGCCCGCUACGCCGCCCGCCUCAUGGUGCCGGCCGGGCGCGGCCUCAUCGUCAUCGUCUCCUCGCCUGGCGGCCUGCGCUACAUGUUCGACGUGCCCUAUGGCGUGGGCAAGGCCGCCUGCGACCGCCUGGCCGCCGACUGCGCCGUCGAGCUGCGCCCCUACGGAGUGGCCUGCGUGACGCUGUGGCCCGGCCUCGUCCGCACCGAGGCUGUGCUCAAGGAGGCCGAGGGUUCGGGCCCGUGGAGCGUGUUGCUGCAGAAGAUGAUUGGUAAUUCAGAGAGCCCCGAAGUGAGCGGCAAGUGCGUGGUGGGCCUGGCGUCCGAUCCCGCCGUCAUGUGCCACAGCGGCAAGGUGCUGCUCACCCCAGACCUCGCCCGCCGCUACCGCUUCUGUGACGUGGACGGGAGACCCGUCUACAACUACAUAUCGGUGCGCAAUGUGCUCGUGACGCUGGUGCCAUCACUGGCCUGCCUCUUCCACCUCAUCCCAGAGUGCGUCAGCAUACCUAAAUGGGCUCUCGCACUUUACUCCAGCAAAUUCAGUGUCUACCCGCCCCUGCAACCAGCCCCCAAACCUGGAAAAAAUGUUUGAUGAAUAAUUUGAUAAUAAAAAAUGUGCCCGUGA